AUGUCGCACGCAACAGCCACCUCGCGGCUGUGGAAGUCCCUCCUAUCCACGCCCUCCCGACAAUGCCGACGAUGCAUCUCCCAAGCGGCGAUUCCUAAGCAGACCCGGCCGACUGCCGCACCGACCAUGUUCCAGACGAGGCCUGCCCCGGCGCAAAGGAGGACGAAGACGUACAAGACCGUGGAGGAGGCAAAGAGCAGAUAUAGAGCGGGACCCUUUUCAUGGAAAGCCGGCCUUCUGUUCGUGGGAACCGGCGCCGGCUUGACGUGGUACUUUGAGCACGAGAAGCAGCGCAUGGAGCGCAAGCGCAUCGCCGAGGCGACCAAGGGUAUCGGCCGGCCCAAGGUUGGAGGCGAUUUCUCGUUGAUCGACCAGGACGGCAAUAAGUUCACCAGCGAUGACAUGAAGGGCCGCUACGCAUUGGUCUACUUUGGCUUCUCGCACUGCCCCGACAUCUGCCCCGACGAGCUCGAUAAGAUGGCGCAAAUGUUCGACCUCGUCGAGGAGAAGCGGCCCGGCUCCGUGAUCCCCCUCUUCAUCACCUGCGACCCGGAGCGCGACACCCCCGAGGUGCUCAAGGAGUACCUCUCCGAGUUCCACCCCAAGUUCAUCGGCCUGACGGGCACCUACGACGAGAUCAAGGCCAUGUGCAAGCUGUACCGCGUCUACUUCAGCACCCCGCAGCACGUCAAGCCCGGACAGGACUACCUGGUGGACCACAGCAUAUACUUCUACCUGAUGGACCCCGAGGGCGACUUCGUGGAGGCCCUGGGUCGCCAGCACUCGCCGUCGGCCGCGGCCAAGAUCAUCCUGGACCACAUGAAGGACUGGACGGGCGAGUGGAAGAAGGAGUAA